UGGCCAGAGAGUCAUUCACGUAUAGAUAGAAAAAGUGGGAACCAUGGGAGGGGCAGGAGUACCUUCAAUUCCACGCUUUCUUUUGAGCGGUGUUUCAUUUCCCAUAUAACAAGAAUAACAAUAAGAAUCACCACCAUCAAAAUAAAAAAUAAAAAAAGCCCGUUGGGUAGUGAAAAAAGGCCAAAACGAGGGUUGCGUUUGGUUGGAAGUACUAAAGCUGAGGAUGAAACAGCUUCACAAGCAAACGAGUCUGAAUCACCGAAGGGAGGAAGAGAUGGGGAGCAGCGAGAGCUCACCGUACUCCCCCAAAUCGAUAAAGCACACGAGAUCGCUGCCGAGAUCCAUCAACUACUUGCUGAGAGAGCAGAGGCUGUUGUUCAUCCUGGUGGGGAUCCUCAUCGGCUCCACCUUUUUCAUCAUCCAGCCCACGCUCUCCCGCAUGGGCCCACCCGAGGCCAGUACUUUCCUCCCGAGAUCCACGGGCCUGGGCCGCUUCGCCACCGUUCCCCGCACGGGCCGCGUCCCCGUCGGGAUCGCAGGCCGCCGCCUCCGGAUCGUCGUCACCGGCGGGGCCGGCUUCGUCGGCAGCCACCUCGUCGACAAGCUCAUCGCGCGCGGCGACGACGUCAUCGUCAUUGACAAUUUCUUCACCGGGAGGAAGAACAACCUCGUGCACCUCUUCGGGAACCCUAGGUUCGAGCUCAUUCGCCACGACGUCGUUGAACCGAUUCUUCUCGAGGUCGAUCAGAUCUACCACCUCGCGUGUCCCGCGUCGCCGGUGCACUACAAGUACAACCCUGUCAAGACAAUCAAGACGAAUGUGAUGGGAACGCUUAAUAUGCUUGGCCUUGCGAAGCGGAUUGGGGCUAGGUUUUUGCUUACUAGUACCAGUGAGGUAUACGGUGAUCCUCUGGAGCAUCCUCAGAAAGAGACCUACUGGGGAAAUGUGAAUCCGAUUGGUGAGAGGAGCUGUUACGAUGAAGGGAAGCGGACUGCGGAAACCUUGGCAAUGGAUUAUCAUCGUGGUGCUGGCGUCGAGGUUCGUAUUGCUCGAAUUUUCAACACAUAUGGACCCCGCAUGUGUUUGGAUGAUGGGCGUGUCGUCAGCAAUUUUGUUGCACAGGCUAUUCGUAAACAACCAUUGACUGUAUAUGGUGAUGGGAAGCAAACAAGAAGUUUCCAAUAUGUCUCUGAUUUGGUUAAUGGGCUGGUGGCUUUGAUGGAAGGCGAACAUGUGGGACCUUUCAACCUGGGUAACCCAGGGGAGUUUACCAUGUUAGAGCUUGCUCAGGUAGUCAAAGAAACAAUUGAUUCAAGUGCUACGAUAGAAUAUAGACCAAAUACCGCUGAUGAUCCACAUAUGAGGAAGCCAGAUAUUAGUAAAGCAAAGGAACUGCUGAACUGGGAGCCAAAAGUCCCACUGAGAGAAGGGUUGCCUCUAAUGGUUAACGAUUUCCGGAAUCGGAUUCUGAAUGAAGAGGAAGGAAAAGGAAUGUAAUAAACAUAAUAGCAAACCCUGUAUGUAUAUGGAUAUGAGCCUGUCUCCCUCAUUUUUUGUUCCCAUCUGCCGUCAGCGUCAACACAAAAUUCUGGUAACCCGCCACUUUUUGAAAGUCUACUAGCCUUUUACAUUUUUAAUCUUUUAUGCUUGCUUAGCACACAAUUGAUGUAUUUGUUAAAUUUUGAAAGAAUUAUUUUCAGUAGUUUUCUUGUGUAUCGUAUUCAUAAAAGUUGUAGUAUUUGAUAUUUGGAUUCUGGUAUCAUGAAGAAUAUUGAAUUAUUAUUAUUA